GGACGAACGGAGCCGAGAACUACCGAGGCUCAGGUAAGGGUGGCGGCGAAGGAACAAUCUGCGCCGGGCGUGGGGUGGCCGGUGAGGCAGUUGGAGGUGCCUGGGUUGGGUGGGAGGAUAUCGGCUGGUCCACACGAGCAGGGUUGAGCUGCCGCCGCCGCCACCGUUGUCGCGAGUUCGGAGUGGGGACUGGAGCUGCUGCCGCAGGGACUCCGGGGACUCUGUCGCUAUCCCCCAGCCCUUCUGCCUCCCACUUCCCGGGGUCAGCGCGGCCUGCUCCUCCCCGGCUUGUUGCCUCCUCCUCCAUUUCCCGCCCUCUCUUCAUCACACACGCGCCCCCCCACCCCACCCCCGAUCGUGGAUCCGGGCAGCAGCGGCGGGAGCAGCAGCGGCGGGAGCAGCAGCGACUCAGCGCCCGACUGCUGGGACCAGGCGGACAUGGAAGCCCCCGGUUCGGGCCCGUGCAGCGGCGCCGGCGGCUCCUUGGCGGCGGCGGCCGCCGAGGCCCAGCGUGAGCACCUCAGCGCGGCCUUCAGCCGGCAGCUCAACGUCAAUGCCAAGCCCUUCGUGCCCAACGUCCACGCCGCCGAGUUCGUGCCGUCCUUCCUGCGUGGCCCGGCCCAGCCGUCGCCACCCCCGGCUGGCGCUGCGCCGGCGCCCACCACCACGGAGCCGACAGUGGCGCGGGAGGCCCUUCGGCACCUGUGGAACCUUCUGCAGAGGAACAAUCGUUGUGUGAAGGUUCAAAUUCAGCUGUUAGCAUGGAACUUUCAGAAACUGUUGGUAAGAAAAUUUCUGACCAUAUUAAUACAGUAUUAUGAAACUCUUUCACUCUCAAGAUUUAAGGUGCAAAUUAGAAAAUGGGGAGACAGAAAUGUCCCCAGAAGAAUCACGGGAGCACAAAGAAGAAAUCAGUGAAGCAGAGCCAGUGGGUGGCUCCUUGGGAGGUGGAAGGCCCCCAGAGGAAGGUGCCCAGGAGAUGAUGGAGGAGGAAGAGGAGAUACCAAAACCCAAAUCUGUGGUUGCACCACCAGGUGCUCCUAAGAAGGAACAUGUAAAUGUUGUAUUCAUUGGGCAUGUAGGUAAGUUGGGUUCACAGCAAUAAGAAAUGACCAGAAUUACUGUGUACAACAAACAGAACAUCUUACUUGGCUACUUGGAGAUGUUUAGUGAAACUGGAAUUGAUCUAAAUGUCUUGACUUUUAACUUGAUUUUUUAGCUGGCAAAAAAGUGGCAGCACUUUGUUCUUGAAGGUUGGGCCGAUGAACAGUUGUAUAAUGGAAUAGAAGCUGGAAGAAAAUAAGCUACAGUAUAUUUGUAUGAUGCAUAAUUGGUCUCUAGACCACUGAUGAUGGCUCAGCAUAUUAUGACAUUUAUUAAUUAACAGUCUAGAAAAUGUGCCUAUUUUUUUGUUUGAACUUCAGUUAUUCUGUUAACUUUUUAGGAUUCACUUUACUACAUAGUUUGAUUUUGCGUAAUGUAAGAAAUUAAUUGGAGUGAGUUGUGGAUGCUAGUCAGGUUGCUGGUUUAGCACAAAACAAAACCCUAUUUUAUUUAUUCAGGUGUUCUCUGACUUACUCCCAAAAUUGUGAAAGGAAAAUACAGGAUUAUGUGUCCUUUUUUCUUCUCUUUGUCUCUGGCUUCCCCUCCUUUUUCAGUAGCGAGCCCCCUUUUGAAAUUUGUAAAGGCACAACUGUAUCUGCUAAGAGUGAAAGGCAGGCUGACCACCUAAAUGGAGCUCUCAGUCCUGGUCUGCUCUUGCUGUCCACUGAGGCUCCGCUGGGGUAAUUUAUAUUCUGUUGUUGCUGUGCUCUAAGCUAACGGUCAGGGAGGAAUCUGUCCAAAAAUUCAUUUGUAUAUCAGUAAAGCAGUUCUCAGUCAUUGUUGAGCUGCAAGGGAUCUUAGCAGCUUCAUUUUACAAAGAAGAAGGUAACUAGCCAGAGCGUGUGCCCCAAAUUCCUAUCAUUUCAGUUGCUGUUGCAAGAUGUAAUUAUAUCAGCUAAAUGAUGCCUUCAGUUGUUGGUGUAUUUAAUUGUUGGUAUUUGGGGUUUUUGUCUUUUACACCUGGUUUACACAUUGUUGAUGAUUACUUUUAGAUGCUGGCAAGUCAACCAUUGGAGGACAAAUAAUGUAAGUGUUUUCUGUUAAAUAAUAGAGUGAAUUUAAUGGAAUGUUUUGGGCAUUGCAAACAUUCACACAAAGGAGACAAAACAGGUUACCCCAACUUAAGAAAAAUUAAUAAUAAAAUGACAUUACUUGUAGGGAAAGCUGAUGUUAAGUAAUUUUUGCAGUAUGAUCGUUGUUAGUAUUUUCUGAUGGAAUUUAGGUCUUCUCUAAAAUCUUCUGUCAUCACCACCAGGAACAUAAAUGUAUUUAUGAAAGCUGUCUCUUAGAUUUUUCUAUAAAAAGUAAUACAGAAUCCUAGAUUAUAGGAAAUGUCAGUCUGCUUUGAAUAUAAUUUUCUUGGGAGUAAUGAAAAGCAGUUCUUGAAUUAGGUGCAUGGGGGAAAGAUUUUUCUAAUCCAUCAACUCCUUAAAUUUAUAAUCAAAGAUAGGUGGUUGGCUAACAUGCUGAGAUUAGAAGAUAUGAAAACACCGUGGUUGACCUUUAGUAAUGUAUUCUAAUAUUGAAAAUCUUUUUAAUUAAAUGGCUUUUCUUUUUUUUUAAUUGAAGUAUCAUUGAUAUACAGUCUUUUAGUUUCAAAUAUACAACACAGUGUUUCAACAGUUACACAUAUUAUUAAAUCCUCACCCCUCUAGUGUGAUUACUGUCAAUCAACGUAGAAAAAUGUUACAUAAUCAUUGAUUAUGUUCUCCAUGCUGUACUAUUCUGACCAGAUUAUAUUGUGAUUGUGAGUUAUUGUAUCCUUUUAUCCCCCUCAGCCUCAUUCCCCACCAGCUUGGUAACCGCUAGUCACUUCUCAGUGUCUGAGUCUACUGCUGUUUUGUUCCUUCUGUUUUGCUUUGUUUUUAUAUUCCACAAAUAAGUGAAAUCAUACAGUAUUUGUCUUUGUCUGGCUUGUUUCCCUGAGCAUAAUACCUUCGAGAUCCAUCCAUGUUGUUGGAAAUGGCAGUAUUUCUUUUCUUUCUAUGGCUGAAUAAUAUUCCAUUAUGUAUAUGUACCACAUCUUCUUUAUCCUAUAGAUAAAUUUAUCUAUCCUUUAUUCUAUUUAAAUUUAUCUAUCUUUUAUUUUAUUGAUGGACACUUAGGUUGCUUCCGUACCUUGGUUAUUGCAAAUAGUGCAGCAGUAAACAUAGGGGUGCAUAUGUCUUUCCAAAUCAGGGGUUUUGUUUUUUUGGGGGGUGUAAAUUACUGGGUCAAAUGGUAUUUCUAUUUUCAGUUUUUUGAGGAACCUCCAUACUGUUUUCCACAGCAAUUGCGCCAAUUUAAACAUUCCCACCAAAGCGUAGGAGGGUUCUCCUUUCUCCACAUCCUCACCAGCAUUUGUUAUUUCUUGUCUUCAGAUAGUGGCCAUCCUGGCUGCUGUGAGGUGAUACUCAGUGUGGUUUUAAUUUGCAUUUCCCUUAUGAUUAGUGAUGUGGAUCUUUGCAUGCGCCUGUUGGUCCUUUGGAUUUCUUCUUUGGAGAAGUGUCUGUUCAUGUCCUUCCCCCAGUUUUUAAUUGGGUUAUUGUUUUUUUGGUAUUGAGGCAUAUGAGUUCAUAUAUUUUGGAUGUUAACACUUUAUCAUAUGGGUCAUUUACAAAUAUAUUCUCCCCUACUGUAGGAUAAGGCCUUUCAUUUUUAAUCCCUCCUAAAUUAGACCCAUUUCUUCUUUUUUUUGUUUUCACAAACCCCAUUACAGUCACUGUCCAUCAGCAUAGUAAGAUGUUGUAGAAUCACUACUUGUCUUCUCUGUGUUGCACAGCCCUCCCCUUUCCCCCACCCCUCACAUUAUACAUGCUAAUCAUAAUACCCCUUCUUCUUCCCCACCCUUAACCCUCCCUACCCUUCCAUUCUCCCCAGUCUCUUUCCCUUUGGUAACUGUUAGUCCAUUCUUGGGUUCUGUGAUUCUGCUGCUGUUUUGUUCCUUCAGUUUUUCCUUUGUUCUUAUAAUCCACAGAUGAGUGAAAUCAUUUGGUAUUUGUCUUUCUCCGCUUGGCUUAUUUCACUGAGCAUAAUACCCUGGCUUUAGAUUUGUGGUUACCAAAGGUUCCAGGUUACUUUCCUUACUAUCUAAGAGUCUAACUUAACUCACUUAGUAUGCUGUUACAAACACCAUCUAAAAGUUCUUUUCUAUUUCUCCUCCUUUUUCUUCCUCCUCCAUUCUUUAUAUAUUAGGUAUCAAAUUCUGUACUUUUUGUCUAUCCCUUGAUUGACAUUGGGGAUAGUCAUUUUAAUUUUGCAUUUGCCUCGCUAUCAGCUGCUCCACCGUCCCUACUGUUGUUUUACUACCUCUGGUGACAGCUACCCAACCCUAGGAACACUUCCAUCUAUAGCAGUCCCUCCAAAAUAGACUGCGGAGAUGGUUUGUGGGAGGUAAACUCUCAGCUUUUGCUUACUGGAAAUUGUUUAAUCCCUCCUUCAAAUUUAAAUGAUAAUCUUGCUGGAUAAAGUAUUCUUGGUUCCAGGCCCUUCUGCUUCAUGGCAUUAAAUACAUCAUGCCACUCCCUUCUGGCCUGUAAGGUUUCUGCUGAGAAGUCUGAUGUUGUUAGCCUGAUGGGCUUUCCUUUGUAUGUGAUCUUAUUUCUGCCUCUGGCUGCUUUUAACAGUCUGUCCUUAUCCUUGAUCUUUCCCAUUUUAAUUACUAUGUGUCUUGGUGUUGUCUUCCUUGGGUCCCUUGUGUUGGGAGAUCUGUGGAUCUCCAUGGCCUGAGAGACUAUCUCCUUCCCCAGAUUGGGGAAGUUUUCAGCAACUACCUCCUCAAAGACACUUUCUAUCCCUUUGUCUCUCUCUUCUUCUUCUGGUGCUCCUAUAAUGCAAAUAUUGUUCUGCUUGGAUUGGUCACACAGUUCUCUCAAUAUUCUUUCAUUCUUAGAGAUUCUUUUUUCUCUCUGUGCCUCAGCUUCUUUGUAUUCCUCUUCUCUAGUUUCUAUUUCAUUCAUUGUCUCCUCCACCAUAUCCAACCUGCUUUUAGUACCCUCCAUUGUGCUCUUCAACGAUUGGAUCUUUGACCUGAAUUCAUUCCUGAGUUCUUGAAUGUCUUUCCAUACCUCCAUUAGAAUGUUGAUGAUUUUUAUUUUGAACUCCCUAUCCAGGUAAGGGGUCCAGGGUGGGGGCAAGGGACGUAGGCUACCUCUUGCCGAUGUGCUUAUCGCUUGUGUUUUCUGUUGGAAUUCUUGGAUCCCUGAUCCUGCACCAGUGGAAAAGGACCUCAUCAGGGAGGCUACUACCAGAGACUGCUUCUCUGGGUGCCGUACCCUGUGGAGGGCCAGGCCAACAGAACCCUGGGUGCUUCAACAGGGCUUCCCAGGCUGGGUUCCUUAGGAGGCAGGAGGCCACCUGGCUUUCCAGUGGCUUGGGAGAAGUUCUGCCAGAAAUGGCUCCUCAGUGGCACCUGACUGCCAGCGAGGUCACAACUUUCUUGUGCUUAUUAGCCUGUUUUUUUCCCACAGAGGAAGGGACCACACCCUGUUAGGCAGGAAAAUAGAUAUGAGUGGGAUGGAAAGAGAAUAAGGCCAGGAAAAAGCCCACUAAAAAUGACCCAGAGUGGAUCAGUUAAAGCUCAAAAAGCCUGGAGCAACUUGACCUGGAAUGUUUGAAUAUUCCCCAGAGAAAGGAGGAUAUGUCAGCAUAGCCCAUGGCUUUAUUGUGUUAAUCAUGCAGGCCCAGCUUAUUUUUUUGACUUAACCUACAUGCUUUUUUUUUUUCUCCUUUGGCCCUAAUCAAGUAGUUUGCAGUCUGGGCAAUUAAUAAAGCCCAGCAUAAACAACAUAGUCACAGGCAGGAAGGAUUUCAUCUUAAAAAUAAGAUUGUGUUUUAAUACCCAGGAAGUUGAGAAGAUUCUUAACUUACUCUUUAGCAAACAGACAAUAACUCGGCCCACCCUGGGGGCAGGGGAAGCAGUCUUGUUUGAUAUGCUCCCAGACCAAGAAGGCUCAGCUCCCAGGGAGAAAUCACAGCAGGAAGUUGCUUGUGUUAAGUUAGUUCUAAGUAUUAUUCAGAGACCACCUAACAGCUCUGCAACCCCAGCCCUUAGUCACAUUCCUGAAGAAUCCUUAAAAGGGGGAACCCGCAAGCUCUCAGGGUGCUCCUCUCCCUGAGGUCGCCUGCACUUCCUAAGUGCAUAACCUUUUCACUUUAAACUUUCUUUUCAACCUUUCAGGGUGCUGUCUCUCUCUGAAGUUGCCUGCACUUUUUCUGUAAGUAACUUUAAAUAAAACUUUUCCUCUGCUUCA